UGCAUUCCUCUAAGGAGAGGAGCGUGAAAUGCAAGUGAGGGAAAGCAUUUCAUGAGAAGACAAUGUCCCGUCUGAGUGUGGCAGACUGAGAAGGAGACGAUGCAAAACCAGAUAGAGCAGUGGCCAGCCAGUCGGGAGCUCCCAGCUCUCCACCCAGACUCUCUUUCUACCCUUAUCAGGGGACUGGUCAAGUCCUGGGUCUCCUGCUGCCUUUACAACUCAGCUGUCCAGAAUCAAAAUCAUGAAGUGGUUGGUUCUGCAAUGGCUGUUAUUCCUCUGCUUCUUGAUUGUCCCUGUGGGCGGAAGUUGGAAAGGGAGAACUUUUUUCGACCUUGACAUCCCUGAGUACCUUAUCAGUGGGCCCAUACUGGAGCCCUGCAGGAAGAGACCCACGCAGGAUCAAUGCAAGCCCAACUGCAUGAAGCAUGAGCACUGUGCCGGCGAGCAUCAUUGCUGCCAUUCCUACUGUGGAAGUGUCUGUAUGCCCCGCAAAGAAUUCGAGAAAGACAAAUAACAUAAAAUCAGCAACAUCAUGCUCAGCGCUGGACCUUAACCCCACAAUGAGAGCUGGAGGACACAUGGAAUGUUUGGGAAGACCACUACAUGACUUCCUGUGGAACCAUCUUUUUGCCCUAGGUGGGAGUUGGGAGUUGGAGACAUGUACCCAGGACAAUGUCUCUCUUUCCUCUCUCUCCUCUUCUUUUAGCUAGCACAGUCAUAGUCUUAGGUCCUUGCCAAAUAUGUAGAGUAAUCAAGGGUUUCCAUUUCUUGUUUCUUGGUCCCAGAACUAUUUGCUGCCCCAACUAUUUGUUUUCAGCCUCCCUUCCUCCUAGUUUGGAUCUCUCUACCUUCCUAGCUUUCAGAGGUUUGGUCUUUUUUAAAACCAAGGACUUAAUUAAUGUCCUAUAUAUGAUAUGGUAUGUUCUUUUGGUGAUUGAAGCUAUGUUCUCUCUGUGUUUCCUCAUAUCUGGAUUUAGUUUUUCUCACAUAACGUCAGACUUGUCAUCCAAGUAGGUCCCCCACAAGCUACUUCUUAUUGCAACUAAUGUCUGGAAAUAAAAUCUUGCAUAAAG